AUGGCGAAUGCGGCACCGCGUAUGCGGCGCGCAGCCAUUGAGGUGCUCGAGGAUCGGGCACGAAUUUUCGAGAGCCGUGACGAAGUCAGCACGGAGGAGCAGGUUAUGGGCGCAGUUGCUGAUGCAAUCGGCGGUCUCUCAGGUGCAAGGGCGGGGAGAUCGCGGAGAGGCACGGUGCGGCGUCGACUCACGAAGGCGUCUCGCACGCUGUUUGUUUUCACGACGCUCGUGGCACUGAGCAUUGCACUCCUUCGGUUCUCGUCGUGCAUGCGUAAGCUCGCACUCGGCCGAGGUGUGCCCGAAUUCGGUAUCGGUGUAGGCCAGCAGGCGCGCCGCAGACUGGCUUCUGCAGACGGCGAGAAAUCCCGAGAGGGAGACCUGGUCGAGGCGUGCAAGAGGCAGAGUGUGGAGGAAGCUGCAGCGCAGCGGGAGGUGCUCCUGGACUGGUACGUGGAGCACCAGGCCAGCUCCCACGAGGAAAGUGGGAUGCCUGAGGACGUUGCGCUGAUGGAGGCUGUGAUUGACUCGUCUCAGGCUUCUGAGGAGCAGCUGGAGGACCUGCGCGCCAAGGUGGAGAAUGCUGAGUCCGGGCGUGCUUUUGGCAAGUCGCUCGGUGAGGGCGUGCACCAGUUUCGGGGUGUCGGAGGGGUGACCGUGGAACAGCUGACAGAGGGAGUUUCUGUGUCAGAGGACAGCCUCGACCUCGAAUCGCCCGUCUCUAAUAGCCGGGGAGAGUACUUCGCUCCUGAAUCAAACGUCUGGUCAUUUGCCGGUCUAGCCGGUGAACGGCCGGGACUGGAGAUCGGCCCGGUGGGGACACGGUUCUGGGAGACCAAGUGCCGAGAGUGGCUACAGCAGAAAGUGGAGGAGGAAGCCAAGCGUCUUGCUAUGAUCCACUUGCACGUAAAGCACGUUCAUGCGUCCGCUAGCGAUGCGGCGCAGGGCAAGGAGAGGGAGGCACUUGUUCGCGAAUGGUUCCCGGAUGCGGAGGACAGGCGUGAUACUGAGGAAUAUCUCACUGCGGUUUUCGGCAAAGAGGUGUUUGACGCGGUUGUGAGCGCACAAUUUCUUGCUUCACCGGUUCUCAAGCAGUACGCCGCCGGUGUAGACCUAGUGGAGCGCCAGAUUCUCUGGGGGUGUACAACGGCUGAAUCUGUAGAGAUGGAGACCGCAGACGCCGAAGAGCCCCAGGUGGAGUCCGAGCUCAUGCUCCGCGAAGCAUGGGAGCGUCGGCCUGACAGUUACACCUGGGACCAGGGUCCGUCUGACGAGUUGCUGCUGUGGCUGGGGGAGCGUGCUCUGAAGACGAAAGUGGAGGCGGAAGCGGAGAGUGCUGCUUCGUCGAGCGUCGCUGACUCGUCCACGCCUGCUGAGGCUGAGCAUGCAUUGCUGGAGGACCCGACGCCUUCGGGGUCGGCGGAGGAGGACGGUGCGCUCGGUCAGGGUGCUGCCGCUCCACCUCGCGGAUCUUCAGAGGCUGGCGGAGAAAGGAGCCUUGCAAGCAGGGGGUUCGAGCUUGCGUUCUCGCUGGAGGAGGCUCGCAUCCUCGAGGGACUGCUCCCCGAUGCUCAGUCGUUGUUCACUGAAGCCUUCGGUAGGGAGGGGGGCGAGGACCUGACUGUGCAGCAAAAAGCUGCCAGUGCAAGGGUAUCAGUUCUUAGUGCACUUGGAGAUCGGCUGUUCGCAGAGAAGCUCGCCGAGCAACAAACUGAGCUCGAUGCGCCGCAUCCGCUCGCCGUGCAGGAGUGA